AUGAUUCAAGCAUUUGACAAUUGACGUUGACAAGACAAAAUGUCAUAAUCAGCUGUUGAGUAUUUGUGUAUUUCGUUUUAUUUUCGAUCGAAUUUUUUAUAAAAUGGACAAAUUAACGUUAAUAUCGGGAACUCUUUUCAUGGCUGCUGAUAUAUUCGCAAUCGUAAGUUUAGCCAUGCCCGAUUGGAUCAUAACAGAUGUCGGAGGCGACACAAGAUUAGGAUUAAUGUGGACCUGCAUGACCUUAUACAACAGACCACAAGUCUGUUUCACGCCCGAUUUGCAACCCGAAUGGCUACUUGCAUUAGUGUGCAUCUUCGUCGGGUGCAUCUGCAUCACCACGACUAUAAUACUACUGGCCUCGUCCCAUUGGGACAGAAACGUAGUACCCUACGCGAGAUGGGUGGGAUUCACAGCGAUGGUGCUGUUUUGCCUGGCCGCCGUUAUAUUUCCCAUGGGUUUCCAUGUAGAUGAAAUCGGGGGACAGCCCUAUCAACUACCGGGCAGCCACCAGGUGGGGAUCUCCUACAUAUUGUUCAUCCUGUCGCUUUGGAUAACAGUUAUAUCGGAAUUGUUCGCCGGCAAAGUAUGCUUGCCGCAUUUUUAGUCCUGUAAAAAUUGAAAAUUAAGGGAGAUUGUUCGCUCGAAUAAGAAUGUACUUUAUUCGUUUUGUUUUUAGUAAGGAUUAGGAAUGGUUUUAUUGUAUUCUCGGAGGUAACUUCGAGACGCGUUUUUAAUAUCUGUGAUUUUUUUAUUGUAUUUUUUAUUAA